AUGCCGCUAAGGAGAACACCACCGUCUACUUCGAAACAGGUAGCAUCCCUGCUGCAGGUCCUUGAAUCUGAUGCAAAUCAAAGCUCUGCUCCACCUACUGAUACAGAUAAUGAAAGCUCCAAUGUGAACAAUCGGAAUAGAAAUCGACCCCGUAAACGUCAGUAUGAUGACGAACUAGCUUCUUUCAUGGUGGAAAUGAGGAAAUCCAUUGGAAUUUUAACUAAGCAGCAAGAUACAAUACAGGAAAGCAUUAAAGACAUUAAGAAGCAAAACACUGACAUCAAAGAAUCCAUGGACUUCAUAUCAAAGCAAUAUGAAGAUAUGAAAAACAAAUUGGCCAAAAUGGAAUUAGAUAGGAAAUCCCAUUUAGCUCAUAUUCAGAGUCUAGAACAAAAGGUAGAAAAUUUGGAAAGGUCGCAAAAGCAAUCCAGUAUUGAAAUAAGAAACAUUCCUAUAAAUAAAAAGGAAUCAAAGCAAGAUCUGGUGCAACUAGUUAAAAAAGUUGGACAAUCUUUUCAGUUUUCUUUAUCACAUGCUGAGUUAGAGGAUACAGAUGUAUCAGAUUUACUGUCGCUGUUUGAUAAUUAA